AUGGCCGUCGAUGCCGAUUUCUCGUCCCUGCCCCCGGAUCUGUUUGACACGACGACCAUCAUCUCGCUCCUCUUCACCGUCGUCAUCGUCGUCGCCGCCUAUGCCGUCUCCCGCGUCGUCCUCUCGCCAUCGACCUCGACGAGCCUGCGCUUCCUCUUCAUCUGGCACCUCGCCGAUGCGUUGUGUCAUUUCCUCCUCGAGGGAAGCUUCCUCUACCACUGCUUCUUCUCCUACAUUGUCCCCGCCGAGGUCGGUGGCGGCGUCGUUCCUGACGUCGCCGGCCUCUAUCCGACGCCGUACAACUUUCUCGGUCACGAGGACCGGCGGAUAUACGGCCCGCAGGCGGGCGGGAGCAACCCCUUCGCGCAGCUGUGGAUGGUGUACGCCAGGGCCGAUCGGCGAUGGGCCGGCGCUGAUUUGGGGGUGAUUUGCCUGGAGCUGCUCACCGUCUUCUUCGACGGCCCGCUGGCCGUCUUUAUCUGCUACCUGAUUGCCAACAACAAUCCCAAGGCGAGCGUCUGGAUGAUUGUGCUCGCCACCUGCGAGCUCUACGGCGGCUUUAUGACAUUCUGCCCCGAGUGGCUCACCGGCAACAUCAACCUCGACGGCAGCAACUUCAUGUACAUGUGGGUGUACCUCGUCUUCUUCAACAUGCUGUGGGUAUUCAUCCCGCUCUACGCCAUCUGGCACUCGUUCAACGACAUCUGCCAUGCGUUUGCGGUGCGUGCGGCCAAGAAAAACCUGUAA